AUGCCGCCCAAGAAAGGAGGUAACAAGACCCGAUUUCCACAGGCUCGCAUCAAACGAAUAAUGCGUAUCGAUGAGGAGGUGGGCAAAGUAGCUCAAGCAACUCCCAUCCUAAUAUCAAAAGCCGUGGAAAUGUUUCUGGAAACAGUCGUCGAGGAAAUGUGUAAAGUCACUCAAUCCAAAAAUGCCAAACGAGUUACUCCUGCUCAUCUAAAACAAACAAUCAUGGCCCAAGAAAGAUUCGACUUCCUACGCGAGAAGGUUCAGAAUCUGGCCGACACACCAGGCACCGAACUGCCAGCACAAGAAGAUGGAGACCCAAAGAAGAAGAAGAAGAAGGCAUCUGCAAAGAAACCCAAACAGGAAGGCGGAGAGCCAAGCAAACCAACGAAACCGAGAAAGUCAAAAGCUGCGGUACCAACUUCGGAUUCACAAGGUGAAGAGGACGUUGCUCUUACUUUGCCUCCUCCUCCGCUGAAUGCUCCAAAGCCUGCUGGGACGCUUCCGUAUGAAGCACCACAGGCCGUGAUGGCUAUAAACAGGAUACUGGAAGAUGAAGAGGACUAUGAUGAUUGA